GACACCCACCUAGUCAGCCAGGUCACCAUCACAUCCGUCGCGGUCUUUUUGGCGUCUCUCUUGUCAGCUCACCCCGUCAGAGGCUCCGGGGUGCUGGGUCGGGGCUGAGGUGACGGGACCGAGGAGGCGCGAGAGGAGGCGCCGUCCCCGCUGCACAGGGCGGAUCUGAGGCUCGGCGACGCCGCCAGGGGGGCCCGCGCCAGGGCCGGGACAGGGACCGCCGUGCCCGGGUCCCCUCCUCUCCCGCCGCUCCCGGCCCCGCUCCGCCCCCAGAGUCCGAUGGCGGCGGCCGCGCGGAGGGAGCCGGCUCAGGACAGUGUGACCUUUCACGAUGUUGCUGUGUACUUCUCCCGGGAGCAAUGGAGGCUCCUUGAUGAGGCUCAAAGAUGCCUGUACCUGGAUGUGAUGCUGGAGAACUUUGCACUCAUCUCCUCACUGGGUUGCUGCUGUGGAGCAGAGGAUGUGGAGGCUCCCUUUGAACAGAGCAUUUCUGUAGAAGUUUCAUCUGCCUGGACUCCCAAGGCAGCUCCAUUUUCCCAGAAGACCCACUCUUGUGAGACGUGUGUUCCGGUCUUGAGAGACAUUUUCCACUUGGCUGAGCAGCAGGGAACACAACACAGCCUGAAACUGUUGAGGUGUGGGGCUUGUGUGAAACAAUUUGAUUUCAUUGCAAAGUUUCAACAGCACCAGGAGCAGCAUACGGGAGAGAAACCCUUCAGAAGCAGUGUGGACAGGGCCUCGUUUGUGAAGAGCUGCAGAUUCCAUGUGUCAGAGAAGCCCUUUCCCUUGGGGGAGGUUGGGAAGGACUUCCUGGCCAGCUUAGGACAUCAGCAGCAACAGGCCACUCAUACCAGGGAGAAGCCAAACAAAAUCACCCAGUGCUGGGCCACUUCACCAAGCAUAAAAAGUCAUUACACCUGGGGAGAAUGCAAGAAAGCCUUCAGCCCCAAAGGCACACUUGCUCAGGACCAGGGUGUCCACACUGGAAGACAGUGUUUUGUGUGCUGUGAAUGUGGGAGAACAUUCAGGUACAAAUCCUCAUUUGUUGUGCACCAGAGAGUCCACACUGGAAGAAGGCUUCAUGUGUGUGGAGAAUGUGGCAAAUCUUUUAGGUGAAGCUCAACCCUCAAUCAACAUCAAAGAAUUCAUACUGGGACAUGGCCAUGUGAGUGCAGCAAAUGUGGGAAAUCCUUAAGCCACCAAUCUGUCCUCCUUCAUCCCCAGAGGGAGAACAGUGGAGAAAACAGCAAUGUUUGCAGUGAAUAUGCAAAAUCUGUUAGUGGUAGCUCAGUGUUCAUUCAACACAGGAGAGUUCAAGUUGGAGGGAGGCCUUAUAAAUGUAAUGACUUUGCAAAAUCUUUUACCUCCAGCUCUGCCCUCAGUUAUCAUCAGAGAUCUCACACAGGAGAUAGGCCUUAUUAGUGCAGUGAUUGUGGGAAAUCUUUUACGUCUAGGUCUGUCCUUCAUUAGCAUCAGAGAGUUCAUUCUGGAGAAAGGCCUCACAAGUGCAGUGAGUGUGGGAAAU